GGGGGGGGGGACGCAAACCCAUUGCAACCGGUUGCUGCGAAGGUGGUGCAAUUACUGCAGCCGCAGCGGGAGCCUCCCCAGGCAGCGUGCGGCCCCGGAGCAGCGCUGGGGGCUGCUGGGGGAGCGAGGCCAAGCCUCCGGCUUCCUUUUGACUCGUAAGAAGAAGGUUUUGAAAUAACAUCCUCCUGUGAGCGGGAUUGCAGCGAGUUGUGCAAGGCAGUGCCAUGGCCGGUGCUGGGAGAGCCUGGGACAGGGAGCAGGAGCCGCCGUCGAGCCAGGGGAUGGAGUUGGAGCCGCCCAGGCCCCCACCGCUGCCAGGGAAAACUCAGAGGGGCGUCGUGCAGGCGCGGGGCAGCGUGUACACCCGCAGCGGCAGCCUGGACCUGGGCGCCCCCGGACCACCUGCCCCCAUGCUGGCCACCCCGGGGGGCUGCUCUCCUCGCCCCCCCGACUCAGCCCUCAUCUACAGCAACGUGGGAGAGCUGCGAGCCCACCUCGUCCCCCGCAAGGCUAGCCGAGGGGAAGGAGCCGGGAGACCCCCCUCUCAGUCUGACCAGGACCCCCUGCCUCCCCCAUUGCCAAAAAAGCAGCUCCAGCGAGCGGAGUCCUUCCCAGAGCAGGGACUAUUCCGGCACGGUCAGGACAACCCCACACCAUGGGCUGGCAGCAUCCUCUACACCAUCCCACCACCCCAUCCGCGGCAUGAGGAGGGAGCUCCCAGCUCCAUCCCCCCAUGGGACAGACCCUCCUGGGGAUCCAAGAAGCCCCUGACCAAAUCCCAAAGCCUGGGGGAACCGGUGGCCUGGAGCAACCCGCAAAAAGUCCCAUCACCCAGCCCAGCGGAGCUGACGUUCAGGACGGUGGACGGGGAGCUGGGGCAGCUCCUGCAGCCCCUGGAGAGCCUGGAUGGGGUGGGCAGGGUGGUCUUGGGGUGCCAGGCAGCUAGCAUCCUGGACCGGGCGCCGUGCUGCGAAAGCGGGGACGCUUGGUAUUUCCGGGUGGGCUUCACUUUUGAGCAAACCCAGCUGGUGCUUGCAGCCAAGGUCCCUAAGCGGGGCUGUGCCAGCCUGGGGGUGCAAAGCCCCUUCGGGGCACACUGCAGCAUCCAGCGCCUGAUCGGCCGCUUCACCGACCUCCUCCCUCAGGAGCUGGUGCUCCCAGGAAGACUUGGGGAGCAUAGUCGGUCCCCUUCUGGAAAGGAGCCAGCCCGUCUCGCCACCCACCCUGUCCUGCAGGUCUUUAUUUCUCCUGAGGUUCCCUACCAGACCCUGGCGGGCUUUGUGAAGGGAUCCCACAGUUUACACAGGACCAGCCCCGGGCACUACGAACGCCUGGCUUGCCUCCUCCUCCUGCAGGUGUGCAUGGGGCUGGAGCACCUCCGGGUGCAGAACGUGGGGCAGGGGGACCUCUGCCCUGAGAACCUGCUGCUGGUGCGGUGCCCGUGCCUUCCCCGGAGCCAGCAAGGCAAAGAGGCAUCCCUGUGCCUUCCAAGGCUGCUCAUCAGCAGCUUCUUCAAGGUUAAAGACAAGCGCAGAUCUUGUUCUACCAGCCAAGAGCAGGACUGGAGGCAGGGGCUUGCUACACCGCCCUCCCCGGUGGCAGAUGAGCUGAAUGUGGGCAUGCUGAUCUAUCAGAUCUUGCAUGUGGAUAUCUCUCUGGAAAACGCCUUGGGGUUCAGAAGCAAUAGACUUCCUGAAAUCCCCUCCCUGUCCAUCUAUUCCACGGGACUCAAGCGUCUGGCCAUGCUGCUUCUCCACAGAGACCCCUGCAAGAGGGUCUCCAUCGAGCAGGCCAGGAGCAUCCUGCAGGUCCUGCUCUGGGGGCCUCGCCAGGAGCUCUUUGCCAGGAGCAGGAAGACCCUCGCCCUGCUCCAGAGCUGGGUGGAGGUGAAGAGGGCUCUGCUGCUCCUGAAGUUUGCGGAGAAUUCGGCUAGGGCAGGGGCGAGGCCCAGCCUCGCGGAGGGGCUGGGAAAAACGGCCAGUACUUCAAGGACAUCACGGAACACACGCUCUACCAGGUCACGCAGGCUCUCUACGCUCCCUAAAGGCAAAGCUGACGCUCAGCCUGCCCAAAAGGUCUCCCCAAAGCCAAGAGCCCCUGGGGACCUGGCCAAAGCCACCAGCUGCCAUCUCCUCCAAGGAACCCAAGCUGGUCCUGGCUGGGAAAAUUCUGUUUGCAAACCCAAACCCACUUCCCCCACAGCACACGAAUGAUGAAGCUGGGACCAAACACAACGCAGCGGGGGUUUUUACACCCUCGGCGGAUUUUGGUUUGAUGCUCUGAGUCCAGUUUAUCAGAGCAGCUCAGGAACGAUGGCUGGAUGGAAGCCGCAGGAUCAAGCACCAGUUUAGUGGCCGAUUAUCCCGAGUAAAGUUUACUUACCCAAAACCUGCUCAGACUCCUCCUGCAGCCACGAGGCUUUCGCUGUUUCAAAUAACAGUGCAAAGCCACGCGUUACAGCCCCUCAAUGCACUGUUAGCAAAGGAGAAAUACAGCACCUCGUACAGCCUGCUCUUUUUAGAAACACUUUUGUGGCGUAGUCACAAAUACAAAUGACAUUUUAAAGGAGGGAAAUAGAACAGCCACACAGCUUCAAUAAAACCCAGAGCUGAGCCUCUUAAGUACUGGUCCUUUAUGUGUUUCU